AUGGAGGCGGAGGUCGAUAAGCUGGAACUGAUGAAAAAUCCGGUUACACCCUUAAAGGAAUUGUCAGCAAUAAAGUCUCGCUAUCAAACUUUGCAUGCACGCUUUAAACCAACUGCUGUCAAGCAUAAAGAGACUAAGAGCCGCAUGUGUGCUACUUUCAAUAAGACUAUGACCUUGAUACAAGAACUACAAAAGCAAACAGACCUGAAGCUGUUACCACUGACUGACGAGGAGAAAACUGCGGCAGAGCAAUUAAGAGCUCACAUGUCAGACUUAUGA